AUGGGUGCACCGGAGAUGCUUCUCCCCAGGGAAUCUCCCAAGGGGGAGCUGGACAUCGAGUCCAACGCCCGGUACGAAUACGACCCCUGGUUGCUGGAUGAUCAUCCGCUCCGCUCCCAUCCCACCGAAUGUAUUCCGGGACUGGGUACCUUUAUUGCCGAAUGGUUGGUAUCAGUUCAGAAACGCUGGAAGGAGACAUUACUUCGCGCCACUUGCCUUAUCUUAGCAUGCUUGGCUGCAUUGCAAUGCCUUCGCGCGCUCCCAUCUCCUACCAAGGUGCACCCGCGCCCUGCAACGGUGUCGCGUCAUAGCCAUCGCGACUUGCCCAAUACCUGCACCUUUCCCCACUCCGACCCCCGACCCAACGCCCUUACGCAAUCCGUUGCUGCCGGAUGCGAAGGGUUCCGCACCGACAUUUGGAUGCACGGCAACGAGCUGCAAAUGGGCUUGUCCAGCCACGAUCCCGCAAAUGACCUGCAGAUUCGAUUUGACUCGCUCCUCACACGCCGAGAAGCCGAUGCAUCUUCCCCUGGUUCCCAGCUCCCUAUAAACCCAGAGACGAUGAGCAUGGCCGACGCUCGUACAUUCAUGCUCGUCCUAGACGCUAAAUCACCGAUCGAUGAGCUGUAUUCCAUACUCGCGUUGCGCCUUGAUACUCUACGUCAGCGUGGUCGAUUAUCUCACUGGGAUGGUGCCGAAGUUGUCCAGGGUGCGGUAAUCGUUGUGGUCACAGGCGACUCAUUGCCCAGCACGGACUGUGCGAACCAAUCCUAUUCGGAUGUGUUCUGGAUCUCGAAAGGAGACAUUUCCGGGGGAGAUGUUAUGAACGACCAUCUCACCCCGAUCUGCGCAUGA